AUUUUCUGCUGUUUUUGUUUUCCCCAAAAGUUAUAAAUUUCCUAGCAAGAGCGUCGAGUAAACUUAGUCUAUUUUUCAGUGUGCAAUACUCAACAUGCUCAAAGUUUUAUCAAUAUUCCUUGGCCUGUUGGCGUUCAGCUGCGCGGCCAGCCUCUACUUGGACGAGGUCUCCACGACUACCGUGCCGGCCACCUGCUUAUUUGAGGACGAGAUGUGGGGCGCUGAAGAUAUGCGCAAGUUCUACUUCUGUUGGGACAAUGUGCCGAUAGAAUCGGAAUGCGAUGUGGGCUAUUACUUUGUGAAGAAUGCCACCGAUUACGGCUGCUUGCCGGCAAAGCUAAUGAAUCCCGAGUGUGUCAACCUGGACGUAACUGUCGGCCCCUGCACGGGCAACAAUUUGCUGCAGCCGCAGGUCAGCGAAGUUCUAACCGAUUUCUGGCUUUGCCCCGAAGAAGGUGCCGAUCCCGUACAGCUGACGUGCCCGGAGAACAAGGUGUUCGUUAAGCAGGAUGGCUACCUGGGCUGCUUCGAUUGGCAGACAUAUCGUUCGGUGCGCGGCUGUCCGGCCCAAUAGAAGCUUAUCUGACGUCGAUCCAUGCUGCUCGUCAAGCGUUUUUAAUUGUAUAGCCAUUCUAUUUUUUUCUUGAAAGCGACCUUAUCGUGAUUAAAUACUACUAACUUGAA